ACUCAGCCCAGCCAUUCCCUUCCCUUCAAAACAAAAGGCAGCAGAGUUCAGACUUGUGCAACUCCAAGACCUUAAGCCCAUAUCGUCUACACCUGACGAACCAUGACCUCCACCCUCCCCCCCGACGCCAUCCGGCCACCCCCAAACGUGGUGGUCUUCGGCCCCGAUGCCAACUGCACGCUCGAGAUCUGCCCCGUCGAGAUAUCCGUGUACGGCUACCGGCCCUCGCUCACCGCCAACAUCACCCUCAUGGCGCUGUACGGCCUCUCCAUGGCCAUCCACGCCUACCUCGGCAUCCGGUGGAAGCAGUGGUGGUACAUGGGCUGCAUGCUGGUGGGCGGCGCCAACGCCAUCAUCGGCUACGUCGGCCGCGUGAUGCUAUACUACAACCCGUUCAGCUUCGCGGCGUUUAUGAUACAGAUUAUCUGCGUCACCAGCGGACCCGUCUACUACUGCGCCGCCAUCUACAUCACCCUCGGCCUAUCCAUAACCGCCCUCUCCCCGCACCUCUCCCGCCUCCCCCCGCACCUCUUCUACUACAUCUUCAUCCCCUGCGACCUCCUCUCCCUCGUCCUCCAAGCCGCCGGCGGCGCCCUCUCCACCACCUCCUCCGGGUCCAGCGCGCUGGGCGUCAACCUCGCCCUGGCGGGGCUCGGCCUGCAGGUGUUUACGAUCUUGUUGUUUUGUGGGUUCUUUGGGGAUUUUUUGGUGCGGUAUUUUCGGAAGGGGGUGUGGCGGUAUGAGGGGGGUUUUGGGGGUCGUGGUGGUGAGAGUCAGAGUGGUGAUGGGGGGGUGGUGAAGUUGGAUGGGAGGCGGUUGGGGCUGUUUUUUGGGUUUAUGGCGCUCGCGGUGGUGUUGAUCCUGGCGAGGUGCGCGUAUCGGUUGGUGGAGUUGAAUGAGGGGUAUGAUGGGGAGUUGGUGCGGGAUGAGCCGUUGUUUAUUGGGUUGGAGGGCGUGGUCGUCCUCACUGCUGUUUAUUGCUUGAUGAUCGGGCACCCCGGCUUCGUCUUCAAGAAGGAACGGAAAGACAGGUCGUCGGGGCUCAGCCAGCAGGAGCUACAACAGUACAACAAGUGAUGCUGGCCGGCUAGAGUUAUGAGGCUCGGUAACUCGGCGGGGCUCUAAUUUCAAAAUAGAUGUAAUUAUGCUCACCAACCUAGAGGGAAGGGGUGGGGAGAAGAGAGCCGUGCUCCGUUAGCACCUGGAU